AUCGUACGCAGGCAGAUGACGCGUGACAUGGCCGCAGCUGGCACUGGUGCGGGUGAAAGUAGGUAGUAGGUAGCAAGUGUAGGAAGUGGUGCUGGCAGGGCGCGCAGUGCUGUCGAGCUUGGGCCAUGGAUUAGACCCAUUGUCAUUGCUUAUUGUAGGGUGGUGCGGGCUGGGCGGUGGUUGUCAGCCAAUAAACUGGCCAAGGGAGCGCUGAUGCCGGAGUAUGACAGCUGCCACAAUGUCGGAAGAAGGGGUACGUCUGAUGAAUGUUCAGCAUCCAAAAUCUCCCCGCGGUUACGAGAACGCCGUAAAACGACUUCCAACGCAGGGAGCUUACAAGACUGAGCUCUGCAACAAGUUUGAAACUGCAGGCGUAUGUCCUUACGGGGGUGCUUGCCAGUUUGCCCAUGGACUGGAAGAGCUGCGGCCAGUAAUCAGGCCUCCGUCCUUCAAGACCAAGCAGUGCGAGUGGCUUGCAUCCGGUCGGGAGUGUCCUUACGGCAGGCGCUGUCACUUCAAACAUCCCACCGAUGAAACCCUGCCCCUUACCAGCCUGCACGUCAGGGCCAAGAGUUGGGACGCCGCCGUGCCAGUGUCCCCCAAAAGUUUCAGAGAACUGGGCACCUCAAACCUAGGCAAAAAGGUGCUCUUCUCAUGGGAGAGCCCGGAGAGUGACCGCUUUGCAUCAGGUUUGCCGACGUUCAACAAAUCGUUGAGCAGCGAGCGGGUCAAGUUUGUCAACAACUGGCCGUCUUCGGCGCUCCCUUCCGAUGGGCAACUCGCAGCCCUGCAAGCGGGGAGACGCCUGUCUGCUGGGGCAAUUCCUCUGCCGCAGGCCUUGCACCACGACCCGCCGUCGCCUGCUGACCUGUCGAUCGGAUUGAGCAGGCUGUCCCUUAGCAGCCGUGCGGACCCCUUGGCACGCCUCUUGAUUCCUCAGCCGAUGCCAGGAUCGCCGUCCGACCACAGUGACAGCGAGCAUAGUUCCCCGUCCAAAAGUCAGGGCUUUGCACCACAUUUGGGAGUAGAGCUUAGUAGCCCUAGGAAAGGUCCCCACUCGCCCCGCACCACACUAACCUGUAAAACAAGCUUCGAAGGGAGCCCCCGAGCAUUUGACGCACACCGCCCGCUGCAUUUAGAGCCAUCCUCGCCCCUCCACCAUUCCCCGUAUGGCCGGGGACCCCUCUCAUUCACAGAGGGGCUCAGCCCUACCAGGGCGCAAGCAGAACUGACGGACGCUUUCAAGAGGGUGAAAGCAUCAGGGAGUUCGUACAGCGAACGCUUGGCACAACUGCAGUUCAUUUUGGACGCUCUUACUAGGCGGGGUCUGCUGGGGACAGAGCUGCAUGUACGGGUACUUGAAACCAUGGCCAGAGACGCUGUCCAGCAUGCGGACUGGAACUGGUUCUCACAGUGCCGAGCGCAGCUUACUAGGCUGCCAGCGGAGGUGGUGUGGAGCCGUGACGAGUUCACGGCCUACCUCAUCCUUCAGUCUUACCUAAGUGGCGCCCUGCCAGUGGAAAAUCUGGCGGCUCUGGAGGACAGGUAUCCUGUGGAAAGCCAGGGACCCAUCGUGCAUGCACUGGCAGUGUGCAAGGCAGUCGCGGCUGGAGACUUUCUUAGCUUCUUCAGUCUCCGAGAAGCAGCGCCAAAUUUGAACGGCAUCAUCAUGGAUGCUGUGGCCAAUCAAAUGAGGAACGUGGGGAUAAGAGACAUUCUGGCCGCCGCCGCAGAGCACGAGCUCGCAGUCGACCAAAUGGCGGACCUCUUGGGCUUCCGAGGUAACACCGCUGCCUUUGCUGACUGGAUGGAAGCAGAAGGGUUUGCUGCCCGCUGAGGCUCCCGCUCGGUGCUUUCAUGGUGUAAUGAAUCGCGAAUAUCAGGGAAAUUAACGCCAGAUUAGAGAUAUUUAUGGUCUACAUCUAGUAGAUCAGCGUCACAGAUCAGGUCGAUAAGUUAAUAUUGAGUGGGAGAAUUGUAUUGUCAACGAGUUCUCUUAGAGUCCUUAGAAUAUUGCUAGCUGUGCCUCAGGUGUGCCCAAUUCAAUUCAGCUAUAAUCAGCUUAUAGUAAUCAAGGAACUGCAGUUUUGAGCUCGACUUGUCUGUAGCAAGAAGGUAUAUGUGCUUGCCUGUCUAAAGUAGCUGUCAAGAGGUACAUACAAUUGACGGUGCGCAUGUUGUAUUUGAUCUAUGGUGGUCAAAAACGUUAGUUUAGAAGCAUAGCCUUGUCCAUAGCCGUUUUUGCUGUCCAUCCUACUUGGAUUGAUGGUGCUCGA